AUGAGGUCCUUCCUGAACGGUUGGCGCGGCAUAGCCGAGGAAAAAAUCUCUCAGAAACGUCUCGGACUUGGCAACAAACCAGCAUUCAAAAACGACCACUCGGCCACGGAACUCGCGGCCAACACUUACUCAUACUUCCACUCGUCGAAAAACCGCCAAUUCCAGGCAAAGUCAAAGUCCGAAAGCACGCUCGGGGCGGACAACCACUUUGGAUAUGUCGUCUGGCCGGUGAUCAUUUUCGUGCACGCUGCGGCGGAAACCCUCCCGGCCGGGACGAUUUCCGAGGCGAUAUCCUGUCUGCAGCAGUACUGGAACCCUCAGAGACACGCUUUCUGCGCGUGGAAGAUGUUCCCUGGGAACAACGACAUCUACUAUGACGAUAAUGCGCACGCGGCGCAGGCGCUGAUCAGUGCGUAUGAGGCCACACGCGAGAAGAAAUAUCUCCAGCAGGCGAAGGCCAUCUUGACGCAUCUGAUCAUGCCCUCGGCACAGCAAGAUGGCGGCGUCCCGUGGCACACGAACAACCCGAACUGCCGCAAUGCCUGCUCUACCGGGCCGGCGGCUGUCGCGGCUCUGAGACUUGCUGCUCUAGAACAAGACGACCGGCUUGUGGCUUUUGCGGACCGGGCACUGGGCUGGCUGGUCUCAACGUUGAGGGAUCCCCAGGACGGGUUGAUCUGGGACAGUCUUGUGUUUGGAGCCGACGGAUCACCUAAUAUCAACAAGAUGAAGUGGACGUACAACACCGGCUUUGCCAUUCACGGAUUCACGCUCCUCUUUGAGAAGACGGGGAACCCCGCGCAUCUCCAAACUGCCGUCCGUCUUGCCGAGGCAGCGCUGGACCCCGAGAACUCCAUGUUCGACAAGACCCUCCCGAAACCUAGUGAGAGGAUGUACUCCGACAGCUCCUUCUUCCUGCAUCACUUGGUGGAUGGCUACCGCGUCCUCUCGAAGCAUGCUCUGACGGUUCGACUGGGGAGCGAGAUUCGGCGGAUCGCCGCUUUCGGACGAGAAUUCAUGUUUGAUCACGCUGAUGGCCUCUACUUCCGCGGUAGCUGCCCGUACUCCAUCUCGGAGGGGUCGCGAGCGCGGUUCAAUCAGAAGUUUGGCGUCGAUAAGGAACUGACGGUCAACAAUCAAGAGAGAGACGAGCAGGGGAAACUAUGCAAGACUUUGAUCGGCUGUGCGGCUUGGGCGAGGAUCUUGCACGCUGCUGAAGGAAUAUGA